GCGGAGGGCGGGGAGGAGGAAGAGGAGGAGACCCGGGCGGCCCCGAGGCUGAGGAAGCCGCGUCCAGCGGAGGCUCCGCUCCUGUCCCGUCCCGUCCCGUCCUACCCCCACCCCCGGUGCCUCCGGUUCGGGCGGGCCGGCGCGGCUCUCCCGAGGCCGCGAUGCGCUCGGCCUGAGCGCGCCCUCGCCGCCUCGCUCGGUUCGGGCCUCUGCGAGGCCGGGGACCGCGAUGGCUGCGGGAAGCUGGCAGGAGGCGGCGGCCGGGUGGGCUGAGGAGGCGGCGGCCCGGGUGCGGGACGCCUUGUCGGGCGGGCUGGGGCUGCUGCGUGCCGAACUGGGCCUCGAACUGGGCCUGGACCCGCAGGCGCUGCCCACCUGGCUCGCCUUGGCGGUCCCGGCCGCGCUGGGGUUCGUGCUGCUGGGGCUGCUGCUGGCCGCGGCCUGCGGGGGCGGCCUCCGCAAGAAGCCGGCGCGGAGCGCGGCCGUGAGGAAGGGUGACGAGGCGGUCGGCGCGGGCCUGACGGCCGGCGGAGGCCAGGGCAAGUCGGCGGGCCCGGGCCCCGGGCAGCUGAACCUGAAAGGCGAUGAGCAGAAGAAGCGAAACAGGAAGAAGCUGCCGGAGAAAGCGGCGCGGCCCAAUGGACGGUCUUUCCUUGAUGUAUCUGAAGAUGAAGUAAUACAAACUGUCCAUAAAGACAAUAUAAAGCAGCCUGUGGACACAGAAAAGAAGAAUGAAAAGUCAAAGAAAAAAAAGAAAUCAAAGGGAGAUUCCAAAACAGUUCAGGAUACAUCUCGUCUGGAUGGAAAGGAAGUUGAUGAAGGAGCCUGGGAAACAAAAAUCAGUAACAGAGAAAAGCGCCAGCAGCGUAAACGAGACAAGGUGCUGACCGACAGUGGCUCAGGAGAAUCAAAUCUCCAGGGCGUAGAAAACACAGUUACUGUAUCCAUUGAGCAGCUGAUGCCUACACCAUCACUUCCAGUUGGUCUCAGAAAAAAUAAAGGUGAUUCGCUUUUGAAUGCACAGAUUAACAGUUCUAAACCUGCAAAGGGGGAGUCAUCAAUUCCACAAGUUUCUCCAGGAUUGAGUGAAAGCCAUACAGUAAAUGGAGGAAGCUGGAAUGAGAAGCCUGUAAAAAUCUCCUCACAGAUUGGCGUAGGGGAGGAGAAAUGGACAUCUGUUCCUUCAACUGCAGCUGGGAAGAGGAAGACUGAGACAUUGGCAUGGGGCCAAGACACUGGAGAUGCUAAUGGAAAUGGAAAGGAUUGGGGAGUAAGCCUGGUGGGCAGGCCCUGGAAAGAGCGUUCUUUGUUCACUCCUAUUGCUGCUUGGAAUGUGGAUGCAAGGAUUAAUACCUCUGAACAGAAUUCUACUUCUUUCUCCUCAUUUGGAUUAACUCCUGGAGUUUCUGGUUCCAACAGUGAAUCAGUUUCUCAGGCUGGUACUUCUGAUUUUCAGUGGGAUUUAAGUCAUGCUCAACCCCCUGUUGAUGACGAAUGGUCUGGGUUAAAUGGACUUUCUUCAGCUGAUCCAAGCUCUGAUUGGAAUGCACCAGCAGAAGAGUGGGGAAACUGGGUAGAUGAAGAAAAAGUUGCUUCUGUUCCUCAGCGUGAAGAGAGAUCUGAUACUCAGAAGAUUUCAGAUAAUGAUAGAGAAAAAGCAGAGUCAAUUCUUCAGAGUUCUACAAGUGGCAAAUCCAAGAAAAAGAAGAAGAAAAAGAAGAAGCAGGGUGAAGACGCUAACUCUCCUGCACAGGAUGCUGAAGAACUGGAUAGAGAAGCUGGAGAGCAAUUUCAGGCGGAUACCUCAAAAGUUCAAGCACAGCAGGAAAGAGCUUUUUCUUUGAAGACCAUAAGUACUAGUGAACCAGCUAAGUCUGAGGAGGCUCCUUCGCUUGCUGUUUCUACUGAGCCAUCUGUAAUUGUAUCAGAGGGCAAUUCUGACAAGAUCGCUUCCCAAGUGCCACAGAUGCUGCAAGAGACAGAUGUUUCUAGUCCCAAUAUUAAGCAAAACAGUGUGCCUCCUCCACAGACAAAGUCUGAAGAAAGCUGGGAAUCUCCCAAACAAGUUAAAAAGAAGAAAAAAGCAAGAAGGGAAACGUGAACUUCUAAGAUGGACAUUUGUUGCUGAAUAUUACCAUGAAGAUUAUGCUGUUUAUGCAAUAAUUUGUGAACAUGUACAGAAUUUUAUAUAAAUUUCAAACAAUUUUUAAAAACAGAACUGCUGUGAACACAAACAUCUUUAAAAAGGAAUCAAAUGAAAGUAACUAUGAUAUAGCAAACAGAACAUGCUACAUUUGAAAGACAUUCUGAAGAGUUUGUUUUUCCAACUUUUGGAGAGAGAUCUUAAUUUAAAAAAAAACUGGUUUUACAACACAGUGCCCUGUUUACAACAGAUUAUACUCUCAUCUACAGCUGCGGAUAAAAGAUUAAUUUCAAGGAAGGGUUUUCUGUAAAAAUAAUCGUCUACAAUAAUGGGUGUUUCUUGCCUCGCUUAUGAGUGAUGCAUUAGAAGCACAGAAUGUCAACCAUUUGAAUUUGUUUUAUGCCUAAAUCAAAGUGCUUUGAUUCAAUACAUAAUCUGCCAUAUCUUUACAGUAAGUUGGUUAGCAAGUCUGCUAGCUAUCACAGGAAUCUCAAGUGCAAAUCAUUAACCAUUCGUACAGUCAGACCUUCAUGGUUUAUUAUAUGAAGUUAACACAAUAAAACUGCUUUGGGUUAAAAGUUUGAGAAUGUGAUUUGAAACUUGAGUAUGGUUCAUGAAGUUAUUUUUUAUAAUGUCUAUUACCUUACUUGAAUUAUUGAAGAUAACAGUAUAUUUUUAAGAAUGCAGUAAUGUGCAUAAAAUUGGUUAUCUUUUUCAUUCCCUACAGUUCUUGGUUGAUUCAGGAUCCCAUCUAAAAUCUAUUCUCUCAACUUCUAAACUCAUGAAAUGAACUGAAAUCAAACUUUUCCUUCUCCUAACACUUGUUGACUUACCACACCCAAUUCUGUUGUCUAUAUUACUAAAACUCUGAAGAAAUCAAAGUGAAUUUUUCACUCACAAAUGAUUUGGAUUUCAAAGAUCUGUUGGAGAACUGGAGUAGCUUCAGACAGCUUUAAUUGACAUUGUCAAAAACAGUUAUCAGGAACACAUUUUUUUACUGCCUUAACCUGUAGUAUGUAGAAUGUGUCUAGACUUCUGGACAGGAGUUAGUGUUUUUAUAUAAAAAAAAAUUAUGCAAGUAAAGCAGUUGUAAAAUAAAGACCAUUUCCCGCUUGAAACUGUUAAUUAAAAUGGCAUUGAAGAUGUGUUGUCAUUUUCAGGCACUGUAAUGAGGUGGUAUUGAAGUGGAGAUGUGUUUGUGUCUGUAAGGUACAUGCUCAGCCAUGUACACUGUAAAUAGCCUUUACAAAAUUUGGUUUGCUAAGGAUGGUAUUUAACAUCACCUGGUAAGUUCAGUUGAAGAGUCAGGAUUCUUUUCAAAUGAUUGACUUCUGGUUUUGUGGCACAAAUAGAAUUGUUAACAGCUGUAACAUGUGGUACUGAUCAACAAUCUUGUGCUCUUACUGUACUCAACUGCAGUUUGACAGUAUUGCAAGGCAAGAGCAGAUAAUGCAGCAAGCUGGGUUUACUUGUACUGAAAAUGCACCUGCUAAUGGAGAGCUUUCCUAAUAAAUGGAUACUAACUUGCACAGGUAUUAACUCCUGUAUGUCAGGAACAUGACACACUAAAUUGAGCUGUUAAAAUAAAUUGAGCAAAUUGAUGGUAUUGAUUUAUUUACUGGGAGGGAAUAAUGUUUAUGAGUGAUAUUUGUCAUUAUUCAUGUGAAAUAAAUUUAGAACUGAAGUACAGCUUUUCAAGGAGUAUCUUAAGGUAAACAUGAAAAAUAGGAUAUUAUGGAAUCAUGCAGAGUCCUUUGCAUGUAAAUAAUAUUAUAAUUUUACUUGACUUCAUAGUAAAGGUUAAAAAUACCCUUUGAA